GCUCAGUUUCUGCAGUUUACUGCACAUGGUCAGACACUCACACUGGACUCUAACUGACCCCUAAACCCUGCUGCUGCCAGACACUCCAACUGACCACACUGGAUAUUACUUUUUCACUUUGGACCCUUUUUUUGCACUUUUGUAUGGAUUAAUAACUGAAAGUAUUAAUAAUGUCGCUCCUAAACUCACCAGGCUCUUCUCUUCAUGGAAACCUUGAUGUAAAAUGGAGGAUAGUUUUGAUUGCGACUGCGGUGAGCUUGAGCCACCUGAUCACUGACGGAGAGCGAUCCUGCUGAAGUCGGCUAACUUUCCUGUUUUUGGACAGCCGCUUUGGAACAGGAGACGAGAAAGGCAAAAAAGGCUAGCCUAGUUAAACUAAACGUGUUGUGCUUAAUUAGCACGUUAGGAUAAUGCUGCUGCUCAGGACGAGUCAUACACUGAAUGUAUCAGCACUGUAAGGAUGCUAGUGCUGGUCGACACUUUAUUAUUUCAUUUACUCACAGAGAUUAUUGUUUAGCCCCCUCAAGUCCAUUCCAAUAUAGGCUGUUAAAUUAACAUUUUGAGGAAGGAAAGCAAGUUUGAAAAGGAAGCCCCUUUGUUUUAGAAGAAAAGACAGGCCCAAAAAGUUUUUAUUCUUUUUGUUUUGUUUUUUUUUUUAAAUGGUGAUACAUUCUGUUAACAUAUCAUAGUCCUUUUGCUGCUUUGCUGUGAGAAGGCUGUGAGGGGGGAGCACUAAAGCGCUCAACAGCGUGUGCCUCCUUUGCUUUCAAACAAAGAAUUUGCAGGUAGUUAUUAGGAUUUUUCAUUUUUUUCAAAAGGCAGAACAGAAGGGUUAUCCCUCUGUGUAGCGCUCAUCAGUCACAAACAGGGCAAAAAAACGGUGCCCUCAACAUAUCAAAAAGUAAAUCAGUUAGUCCGUUAUAACCGUGGCCAGUGGUGGUGCCGUUUCACAGAAUCUAAGCAGAUAUUUCCAAUCGAGAAUGGCGGAGAAGUUCGAAAGCCUCAUGAACAUUCACGGGUUUGACCUCGGCCCUCGUUACAUGGACUUGAAGCCGCUGGGCUACGGAGGCAACGGCCUGGUGUUUUCCGCUGUGGACACGGACUGCGACAAGCGAGUGGCCGUGAAAAAAAUCAUCCUGACGGACCCUCAGAGCGUCAAGCAUGCGCUUCGCGAGAUCAAGAUCAUCCGGCGGCUUGACCAUGACAACAUCGUCAAAGUGUUCGAGACGCUAGGCCCCAGCGGCCGACGGCUGACUGAGGACGUGACCUCGCUGACCGAGGUCAACUCCGUCUACAUUGUGCAGGAGUACAUGGAGACGGACUUGUGCAAGGUUCUGGAGCAGGGCCUGCUCUCCGAGGGCCAUGCACGCCUCUUCAUGUAUCAGCUGCUCCGCGGCCUCAAAUACAUCCACUCGGCCAAUGUCCUGCACCGAGACCUCAAACCCGCCAAUCUGUUUGUCAACACGGAGGACCUGGUGCUCAAAAUCGGAGAUUUCGGCCUGGCCCGCAUCAUGGACCCCCACUACUCGCACAAGGGUCACCUGUCAGAAGGUCUGGUCACUAAGUGGUAUCGUUCCCCUCGUCUCCUGCUCUCCCCCAAUAACUACACUAAAGCCAUUGACAUGUGGGCAGCUGGCUGCAUCUUUGCUGAAAUGCUCACAGGGAAAACACUCUUUGCAGGUGCUCAUGAGCUGGAACAGAUGCAGUUGAUCCUGGAGUCCAUUCCUGUGAUCCAUGAGGAGGACCGACAGGAGUUGCAGAGCGUUAUCCCCGUAUUCAUCAAGAAUGACAUGUCUGUACCCCACACACCGCUGGCCAAACUGCUGCCAGGGGUCAGUGCUGAGGCUCUGGAUUUCCUGGAGAAGAUCCUGACCUUUAACCCCAUGGAUCGGCUGACGGCAGAGGAGGCCCUGGCACACCCUUACAUGAGCGACUACUCAUUUCCUCUGGACGAGCCUGUGUCCUCUCAUCCUUUCCACAUUGAGGACGAGGUGGACGACAUCCUGCUUAUGGACGAGAGCCACAGCCACGUCUACAACUGGGACAGGUACCAUGACAGCCAGCUAUCGGAGCCAGACUGGCACCUACACAGCACAGUGGAGGCAGAGGAGGUCCAGCGCGACCCCCGCGCCCUCUCGGAUGUCACAGACGACGAAGAGGUGCAGGUGGACCCACGCAAGUACGCGGACGCCGACAGCGAAAAGUUCCUGGAUGACCCAGCGGCCUUCGACUUCCCUCCGGAGCGCUCGUGGCCUCAGUACGAUGACCAUCACGAGAACAAAUACUGCGAUCUGGAGUGCAGCCACACCUGCAACUACAAGGCAGUCUCUCCAUCCUAUCUGGACAACCUGAUCUGGCGGGAGAGUGAGGUGAACCACUAUUAUGAGCCCAAGCUUAUCAUAGAUCUGUCCAACUGGAAGGAGCAACAAAGCAAAGAGAAAGGAGACAAGAAGAGCAAGAGUAAGUGUGAGAAAAACGGCUUGGUCAAAGCUCAGAUCGCUCUGCAGGAGGCCAGCCACAACCACGGCCUCAGCCAGAGCCCGCCGGAGAAGGACCGCGAGCAGGAGAAACAUCAAAACCAAGGCUUCGAUUUCGACUCCUUCAUAGCCGGCACCAUCAGGCUAAGCCUUCAGCCCGAGCCCAGUCAGGUAGGCCUCUUGAAUGAGCUCAACACUUCUGUGUCCCAGCUGUCCAAAUCCGUCAGUCAGGAAAAGGACGAGAAGUGCCAGGUGAACCUGGCUCAGCAGGGCGGCCGCCCGCCAUGCCCUUGGGACAGCUACGGAAGUCCAGGGCCGGAUGAAAGUUACUGCCUAAUCGAUGAAGCGUGCUGGGACGCCCAAAAAGAAGGCAAUGUCGGAGGAGGUGGUGGAUAUACCAGCUACUUAGACCGCCUCUUCAGCAAGCGGGACGAAAGCGCAAUGAUCACGCCUCCUGAAUCGCCCGAAGAUUUCUCCCCCGGUGCAGAAAUCCCACUCUCCUGCACCCAAGAGGAAACCGCACCUGGUUUUCUCGCCCGAAACGGAGAAAUCGUUCUUGAGACGCUGGCCAUCCCUGGCGAUCUACCGCUGAAGUCGCUGCAGGCCACGCUCACGCCCACCACUCAUGUAAAAUGCUCCCCACAAAUCGCCCACAAAACCUACAGCAGCAUUUUGAAACAUCUGAAUUGAGCAAGUCCAUUUUAUUAAUAUUAAUAUUGAAAUAAUAAAGUGGUCAUCGGAAAUCCCUCCCGCCCCUUCCAAAAAUGCCACCUGUGGCAAGUCAAGCAGGAUCUCUUAUUUUUUACAUGGUUAGUGCAUUAUUUUCCCUGAAUUAUUUUGUAACUUUUACUGUAUGGUUACUUUUUAUGAUUUCUCUUUUUUUUUUUUGGUAAUUGUAUGUAUGAUGAUGAUGAUGAUUAUGAUUAUUAUUAUUAUUAUUAUUAUUAUUAUUAUUAUUAUGAGUAAAGCUCAUGACCUAAGAGUGGCACUCUGUGUCUGUUGACACUUCUUGGCCCCCUCCCAUGCUUAAUUUUCAAAACUGUUCUAUUUAAAUAAAGACAAACAGGAAAAGAAAUAAUUAUACUUAAUAAAAAAAAACUGGCAUGCCAUUUGCACACGGCGUACUGUAGAUUCAUAUAUAGAGGAAAAAGACAAGAAAGGCUUAUAAGGAACACAAUAAAGAGAGAACAGGGGUAUUUAAUGCAAGCAGAGAGAAAGUGAGGGAGGAAGAAUGCACUAAACGUGAGGGAGACGUUGUCACUGACAUUUCUGUCUUUCUGGCCAAGAAACGAAAAAA